AGUAAACCGUUACAUCAUUUAAUAAUUUCUAUUCUUCAUUAUUAUUUUUUUGAGGCCAGUACCUAAGUUAUUUGAAAGUCGACAUAAAAUAGUUUUUAGUGCUGGUGGAAUGAGAUCUCUUUGCUUAAAGCAUAUUUAAAAUAUGAUAAAAUUUUCAACUUUGCGUAAUAUACUGCUUUCGUAGACAAAUAGCAAUAAAGUGAAAAAUGUUCUAAUGCAUACAAAUAUUUUAAUGAACAGUUUACAUUUCCAUACAUUUAACAGAUUCCAUUGGCAUUUACCAGGAGAGUAAGUUGAGAUUUUAAAUGCAUUCAUUCCUAUUUUUGCACAUUCCGUUAUUUUUUUAUAAAGAAAUUCUUCAACACAAUAUGUUUCGUUUCCAUAAAAGAAAAAGCAAAACGUGUUUCAAUCAGACCAAUUUAGUUUCUCUUUUUUUAUUGUUGUUCUGCUAUCCUGCGACAGCAGUAUCGAAACGCCAAUCUAUUUGUUGUUCAUGUACGCACCAAACCAAUCAAAUUCGACGACGUCACUCGCGCGAAGUUCGUUAGAGUCGCCAACGCCUCCUAGCGUCAGUUUUCAAAAAAGGAAGCGCGCGCGCGGCACGGUACGACAUCGCGGCUCAACUUAAACCGAAAAAAGCCGAUUAAGUACACCUCCUAUUAAAAACCGUGUGAAAUCACCAGCCAGUAGCCUUCAUCAUCUCAGGAUCACCAACGUUGUGGAAGCUCAACGACUAGUGCAGGUCGCAGCCCAGGAUUCACGAGAUCUAAAGUGAGAGGGCGUCGCGCCCAUCAUGCCAUCCCCAGAUAAUCGGAAACAAGGUCAAAACUGGUUGGAAACAAUGGUGGAGCUUCCUUCUGGGGUCGGCGAGGAGGACGACCACACACACACUUGGACAACUGGCAAUUGUCUAAGUUGUGGGGACAACGUAAGGCCGGCGGAGGCAGCGCGGUCGCACACGCCCGAAGGGGAGCGCGUGCCGGGAGACGGCGCCAGCUGCUCCGCGCCUGAGGAACAGCCACGGGUCAGCGAUGACGGCGUCUCCGGGGAAAGUGUUAAUCCCUUCGAAGAAGAGCCAGUAGGUACAGAAGGCAUGCUACGGGCGCCCCGAUAUUACAGAGGAAUUUACUGGCCAUCAAUAACGAAUACUUUUAAGAAUAAGGCAGUAGAACUAUCAUACCAAAGAUAUUCGCGGCGCCAGCGGCAGAAGUCACUCAUCAUGGUCAACGUCGUGGACUUAGCGCUGAAAAUAUGUCUGGCAACUAUUUACACGGUCACGAAUAGAGAUGUAGCAUCACCGACCCCGUACCAGAUAGCGUGGACGGUCGCGUUCGCGUGGCUCAACGUCGGCGUGUGCCUGCUCGGCUGGUGGAGGUGCUUCGCCAACAACUACCUGCAUUGGGCAGCUGCGGCUACAUGGAUACUAUUGAUUGCGCAAGGUCUGAGCGGCCAAAGCAUAGGCUUUCAAGAAUCCCAGAACCAGGUCUGGUACAUGCUGUUCAUAGUGUUCGUACCGUACGCGAUGCUGCCUCUCUCCCUGUUCUGGUGCAUCCUGAUAGGCCUGCUGUCCUUCAUGGCGCACGUCCUCUCCACCGCGAUCGUCAUCAAGGACCACAUGGACCAAACCAGGAGGGCGGUCAAUUGUAAUAUUAAUUCAUACACAUGCAGCUUACGUCUUUUAAUCGGCAACGCCUUACUAUACGUGGCGGUGAACUUCGCGGGGAUGUAUGCCAAGUCUCUAGCCGACUGGGGACAGAGGAAGGCCUUCCUAGAGACACGCCGGUCUAUGGUCACGAGGGAGAGGACGAAACGGGAGAGUGAUAGGCAGUGGAAGCUAUUUCAGAGUGUCAUACCGGAUUUUCUGGCGAAAGAAAUCUACAGUCACGUAAACAAAGAAAAGGGGGAGUUUCAAGAGCAGCAGUUCAAUAACCUUUACAUACAACAGCAUCACGAUGUAUCCAUUCUUUACGCGGACAUCAAGGGGUUUACAGAGCUAUCAAGUAAAUGUAGUGCGCAGGAGUUGGUGAAACUACUCAACGAAUUAUUCGCGCGUUUCGACCGGCUGGCUUCGGAGAAUCACUGCCUCCGCAUUAAACUCCUGGGCGACUGCUACUUCUGUGUGAGCGGGCUGCCGGAGCGGCGCGAGGACCAUGCUCACUGCUGCGUCAACAUGGGCCUGCACAUGAUCAGGGCUAUUCGAGAUGUUCGUUAUAACGCUCAGGUGGAUUUAGACAUGCGGAUCGGCAUCCAUAGUGGAAAGGUGCUAUGCGGUGUAUUGGGACUUCUCAAGUGGCAGUUCGACUUGUGGUCCCAUGACGUCACACUUGCAAACCGUAUGGAGAGCGGUGGCUUACCCGGUCGUGUCCACAUAUCAGCUGCGACAAUGGAGUGUCUGAACGGCGCGUUUGAAGUGGAGCCGGGUGAUGGUGGCUCGCGGGAUCCUUACUUAAGAGAACACAACCCUGUCACCUACCUUAUUAAGAGCACAGAACAGCCAAGACGGACGAGACAAAGAUCUAAAAACAGUGUUCCAUCUCAACCUCAACAACCGAACUGGGAAGCGACGCCGCGGCGACCGAGCAGCACCAUAGACGAUGAGAUGACUGCCGACUGGACACCAGAGAUGCCAUUUCAAAAUUAUUACUCUAGUGGUGCAGCAGGAGUGGUGCGCGCACGACGAGGUGAAGAUGCUAAACAACAUCAGGACAUUGACGAUGUGCCGGCUUUGUCUGACGUUGAGGAGGAAGAUAUCAUAAACCACUCGAUCGAGGUGAAGUCUAAUCGGCGCAUGCGUGUUAACAAUAUGCACGGUUGGUCGCUGAGGUUCCGCCGACCCUCGCUGGAAGAACGCUUCGGGAAACUCGAUGAGAAGACCUUCAAGUCCAAUGUCAUGUGCUGUCUAGUGCUGUGGCUGUUUAUAGUGGCUGUACAGUGCUUGGUACAUUUUAAUUGCCGUAACCUGGUGAUAGUCCUGAUGGUGAUGACGAUCCCGCUUACGCUGUCCUUCGUGCUGGUGAUGCUGGAGGAGUUUCCCGGGAUCCUGCCGCGGCUCAGCAAGGUGUCUGCCCGGCUCAGCUCGACUCGCAUGGCCCGGAACACGCACAUAUGCACCUUUAUCACUAUCAUGUCGAUAUCCAGUACAAUUAAACUAUACGUGUGUCCCUCAUCAUUUCUACAAGUGAAUAUUACAAAUCCGAAUGUAACGUGCAACACAUCAGAAUUGAUAUCCGAGGAGUUGAGCGAUCCAGAUGAGUGCUAUCGUCCGGAGUACGUGGUGUUCACGUGGGUGCUGUGCCUCGUGGCGCUGACGUCGGUCCUCAAGCUGUACUACCUGAUCAAGACGAUGCUGGCCACCGUCAACGUGAUGAUGUACUGCAUCCUUCUGCUGCAGUACUACAACUAUCGAAACUAUAACUAUACCACGAACACCACUUUACCAGCUUACGUGCAAAUGCUGAUCCUGAUGGCAGUGUUCCUAGUAGUGGUGGUGUACCACGCGCGGCUGGUGGAAGUGACGUCACGGUUAGACUUCGUGUGGAAGCUGCAGGCCGAGACCGACCUGGACGAGAUGGAGGACACGCAAAGGACAAACAGACACCUACUCAAGCAUAUCCUACCCGAUCACGUUGUGGUCCACUUCUUGAGUAAAGAUUGGUGUCCUGAUGAGUUAUAUUCACAAUGGCGCGACGAGGUGGGUGUAAUGUUCGCCGGUAUCCCGAACUUCGACGAGUUCUACUCUGAGGAGAAAGCCGUGGAGUGCAUGCGCGUGCUCAACGAGAUCAUUUUUGACUUCGACAAGUUACUGAUGCAGCAGCGUUUUAAGAGCAUAGAGAAAAUCAAAACGAUAGCAGCAACAUACAUGGCGGCUUCUGGACUCAAUCCAAAUCACAAUAAGACAGGUGAAGAUGAUUGUGAGCACCUAUGCGCGUUAGUUGACUACGCGUUCGCACUAAGAGAAGCCCUUGAGGACAUCAGCAAACAUAGCUUCUACAAAUUCCGACUCAGAGUAGGAAUUAGUUGCGGUCCAUUAGUCGGUGGUGUUAUCGGUGCUCGAAAACCAGUUUAUGACAUCUGGGGCAAUACUGUCAACGAGGCGUCUCGUAUGGAGACCACCGGAGCCAUGGACAAGAUACAGGUCACCAAGUACACGAAGCAGCUAUUAGAGCGUCGCGGCUACGCCCUGGAGCGUCGCGGCGCAGUGGAGGUGAAGGGCAAGGGCCGCAUGGAGACGUGGUGGGUGCUGCGCGCGCGCGGCGCCGCCGUGCCCGCGCCCGUGCGGCCCGCGCCCGCGCCGCCCGCGCCGCCGCGCUCGCUCGCCGCGCUCGUCUAUACCAUGCUGCAAGCUAGGAAGAGGAUCUAUACGCAUCCACUUGAUACUACCGCUUUGCCUAAACGUGGUGGCAGCGUGCGGUCGAGUCGCACUGAGACAGUACCAAAUGGCUCACAACGACACCGUUCCGAGCUCCGGCGAGCGCGAACGCGGCAUACGCGAGCUACUUACAACGAGCUGGAGUUGAGCGCGAUCCGUCCUCACUCGAGCAGCCUGGUCGUCCGGCGCGUGGACAUCGCGGCGGCGCCACCGUCCUCGCUGUCCGCGCCGCACACUCCCACCGGGGGACACGCGCAUCACAGCCCGCAGGAGCCCGACCCGCCCAAGGACAAGCAGCCUAAACUCGGAUUAGGAGCUCGUCUAAAAGCAGCAAGUUUCUCAUCAAGAACGCGGCCGCGGGAUCGUUCGCCGAACAUUCGAGAGCAGCCGCAUCCGGGCUCGGGCGCCUCCAUCGGCAACGGCACGCCCGGCUCCUUCCGAAUCCGCUCCAUCACAAACGCCUCCAUAUUCAAGAGCAAGAACAAAGACAAGCGAAGCAAGGAACAGCUCGAUGUCGAAGGAGCGAAAGAGAACGGAGAUGCUGUCUCGACUAGAAUGUAGUGUUUGAGUCCAAAAGUAUAACGAUGUGACUGAACGCACACCUCUAUCGUGAUUAGACUUCAACAUUGUUAAAAUUGGUAUUUCUUAGAAUCAUUAUCCUCAAACUACUUAUUACAAAGAACAUAACAAAAUAAAAUGCCACAUUUCAUUAGAUUUUUUUUAUAUUUUUGAGCACGUUAGUGUAUAUCGAUGUCUUUAUAACAAGGGUGUGCGUUAUUUGUAAAACAAGUUGUAUAAAAGUUAUGGUAGUAGAAGAAAAUUGUUCUUCACUUCGGCCUAUUCUAAUUAUAUUGUCGCUAAAUGCCAUUUUAUGAAAUUACGGGUGACUAGUAAUCGAUCUUCCAAGCUAUUGUAGAAUGGAUGUGUUGGCUCAGUGCAGCUUAGUAUAUUCAUAAAUGUCCCAUAGUUACUUCCAGGUAGCUUGCACAAACUGUAUCAUUUCAUUGUUUCUACUGUAGUUCUAUAGAUAAUGUGACGUAAUUUUGUGUAAUCUGUUAUUUAAUAAUAAAAAUACACUUUAUUUACCUCCAAACAUGACACUAAGCCAUUCCUAUAUCUAUACUCCAUUUGUUUAAGUACCAAAAAUGGGUAACAAUUUUUAUAAAAAUACAGAUUAAAUAACGAC